ACAUUCUUAACAUAAAUCGUGUGUGCAUACAUUUCUAUUACAUAAUGCACGCAAAUAGAAACUUCCACAGAAGUUGUAACAGUCGAUAAAGAGGAACUCGAAAAGGAAGGAAAGAAAAAUUCACGAGGAAUAACACGAAUAGCGCCGAUAGGUUCUCCACAAUCUGUUAAAAAAUCCGACUUUCCGUCUUCAUAACGCAUAUAAACUCUGAUUAUCAUUGAAGUCUGACAACUGUCAAAUGACAAGUCUGCUUCAAAUAUUACAUUUUAAAGAUUGAAAUGGCAGCAGAGAUAAAGCCCGCACCGGGAGUAAAUCAUGAUAAAUUCAGCACAAGCCGAAAACCUAUACUUUUAUCGAAAUUAGAAGGAUGUAAUGACGAUGUUAAUGCGGCUAUCAUUAUACCGCGGGAAGAUGGUGUAAUUAGUGUUUGCGAUGACAGGACUGUUAGGGUUUGGUUGAAACGAGAUUCUGGCCAAUAUUGGCCAAGUGUCUGUCAAUAUAUGGCUGCUGGUGCAACAUCAAUGCAUUAUUGUGUACAAACUAGACAAUUAUUUGUUGGUUUGGAGAAUGGAACUAUAAAUGAAUUCAUUUUGGAGCAAGAUUAUAAUCAAAUGACUGCCAUGCGUGAAUAUGCUGCGCAUCAAGCGAGAGUUACAGGUGUUAUAUUUGCAUCAAAUUGCGAAUGGGUUUUAAGUAUAGGUCGAGAUAAGAUGUUUCAAUUACAUUGUUCAGAAACAGGACAAAAAUUAGGAUCAUAUCAAACUGAUGCAUGGUACACCGCUCUGCAAUUUGACGCGCAAUCAAAACAUGCCUUUGUUGGUGAUUAUUCUGGACAAAUAGCAAUGUUAAAAUUAGAUACUAAUGGUGUUACACUAAUCACUACUUUAAAGGCACAUACAGGAAGCAUUCAUACAUUAGCAUGGGAUUUUGAAAAACAGCUUUUGUUUUCUGGAAGUUUUGAUCAAAGUAUCAUAGUAUGGGAUAUUGGAGGCCGGCAAGGUACAGCCUAUGAACUCCAAGGACAUCACAACAAAGUAACUGCACUGUGCUAUGCAAGCGCAGAGCGUGUGUUAUUAUCUGGAGGAGAAGAUGGUGUAAUAGUAUGCUGGGAUAUGGCUGCAAAUAGAAAAGAAACUGCAGCCUGGAUAGAAUCUGAUACGUGCCAAGCUUGUGGAAGACCAUUCUUUUGGAAUAUUAAAGCUAUGAUGGAUCAACGACAAUUAGGUCUAAGACAGCAUCAUUGCCGUCAUUGUGGUCGUGCAUUAUGCGCACGAUGUACAUCUCAACGAAUACCAAUACCAGCAAUGGGUUUUGAAUUUGAAGUUAGAGUGUGCGAUCAGUGUCAUAUUCAACUUAAAGCUGCGAACCAAACAUCUCUAGCAUCGUUCCAUGACGCAAAGCAUAAUGUUGUUGGAAUGGAUCUUGAUGCUCCUAGGCGACGAUUAUUAACUAUUGGUCAAGAUCGUCUUAUUAAAAUUUGGGAUAUUUCUGCACUUCUUCAGUGAACUUCCAGAUAUAUUUAUCUACAAAUAACAAAAUUAAUCAAAUCGUAAGGCAUAACAAAAAACUACUGUCUUAUUUCAAUGUAAAAGUAUAAUAUCCAGAGCCUAUUUUUACGACUAUGAAAUCAUUUUAAAAUCCGUUUAUUUGAUGAUAAAAACAAUUACGUUUUUACAUAUUACAAUUUGCUUCUUGCAUAAGAAAAUCCUGGAUUCGUGAAAUAUUCUGCAACACCAAAAUAGGAUAUCUAUAUAACUGGAAAAAAAAAUAUAUGUAUACUUGCAAGUACUCUUCCAACAGAGAAAAAGUAACUCCAUAACUUAUUCAGCAAAUGGUAGAAAAUAGUAUAUUUUUUAAUCUUAUUUAGUGCAAUCAUAUUUACAAACGACCAAAGCACUAAUUAAUAGAUUUGGAUUUUUAAUCAAAUUCAUUACAAAAACUAAUCUUACUGUUUCAUUACACGUUUAACACAGUAGCUAUAAAUAAAUUAUUUUUAUUUUAAAUGAGCAAAAUAAGAUUAUUAAAAAAUACAUUAUAUCACGUGAAGUUGUAAGAAAUUUUACAUUUUGAAGUACAAAAUUAAGCUGAAUUACAUUUCCAUCUGAUCGAUAUAUAGUCGAAAAUUUUUAACACUUUUUGGUCUAUAUCAAAUUUUUCAUUAGUAUGUAUAGUGUGAAAUUAUAUUAAUAAUCUAAUAUACAGAUUGACAAUUUUGAGGAAUUGCUCUAAACUGCGUAUUCAUUUAAACAAUAGUAAUUCGUUAAAACAUUGUCGAUGACUGUCAAUGUUGUUCCUAGUCGUUUCUUUUUUUCUUUUGUUGCAUUCCUAAUUAUUUAUAUUAUAGUUUCUUACAAGCAAUUAUACGAGGUGCUUUAUCCCGAAACCUGAUUUGUCUCUAGACAUUCAUUAUGAUUCUCCAAACAUUUAAACUAGGUACAGGUUAUGCAAAUAUACUAAUUAUGUAAUAAUGAUAAUACUACUACUAAUACUAAUAAUUAGAUUUAUGCAUACUAUUACAGAAAUGAUGAAAAAUAAAAAUUUGAUUAAACAAUAUAUGAUCAAAGUUAUAGGUAUGUUACGAUUUCUGCAAACAAGUAUGUAUAAUUAAAAUGGGAAACAAGUCUUCUCUUUAUAGACUAUUUAAUUUGUUUAAUGAAAUUUGUGUUUGUAAUUAUUCAAUCAUUCCAUUUAAUAAUAGGAUGCAUACCUUGUACCUGGAUGCAAUUUUCAUUAUCAGAUUAGCAUAAUAUUGAUUUUUCUAUUGUAAUAAGUGAUAAAAGCAUUUGAGGAAGAAAAAAUUAUAUUUAUUGUAGAAGUACGUUAAAAAUCAAGCAGUGUACUCGUACGAAUACAAUUUGGGCAAACGUAUGGCAUUAAAUACGCCUUUUCCUUUGAUCUACUAUUAUGUCGUAUAUUUUUAUCAUGUAUGGAUUCAUACAGGAAAUUAUUUAAUAUUAUUAUUUUAUAUAGAGUUAAACAUAUAUUUUCGAAUCAGUUUCUAUAUGCUACGCGUGAAAUAUACUUUGCUAUAUAAUUAAUACUAUUACAAUGUCCACGCGCGAAGUGUUGAUCAUACAUGUAAAUGUAUAUUUAUCAAGAAGCAAUACUCCAAAUGUAUGUUAUAGGAUCUAUCAUUGCUUCGUUACAUAGAGUGAUAAUAGCUUUUUAAUCUUAGAAAAUAAUUUGCUGUAUUCGUGAUGCAUUGUCGUCCAUUGGAAGGCAUCGAUCGACUACGUGAUUUAUGAGCGAUCGAUAUCAAAAUUGUUACAUAGUAAUGAAUUUGUCGUUGCUGUUAAGAUAAACAACAUCAAUAACAACGCAACGUGGUACAUUGUUAUAGUUUUCGUACAGAAUUGAUUGCAGUACUCGUGAAAAAUAUAUCGUUAGAGAGAAAGUGUCGUUCUCGUUACGUAAAAAAGGUCGUGUUUAUAUAUAGGAACGAUUUUAUGAAACUGUUAAUUUGCAACGUGUAUAACAUCGUCGAUGUUGUUAUUGUUGCAGAAGUUUUCAGUACUUUGCAUAUUAAUGUAUAUGUUAAAAGUUACAGAAAUUACAUUUUAUGUAUGUAUAUCAUUCAUGUGAAAUUCAUAUGAAAUGAAAAUAUAUUUUCAAUGUAAACGA